AUGCUCAUGGAACCAGAAAACCAAACAACAGUCUCAGAAUUCCUCCUUCUGGGACUCUCAGAAAAGUCAGAGCAUCAGAAUCUCCUUUUUGGGUUUUUCCUCUCCAUGUACCUGGUCACUGUGCUGGGGAACCUGCUCAUCAUCCUGGCCAUCAUCACAGACUCCCACCUGCACACGCCCAUGUACUUCUUCCUCUCCAACCUGUCCUGGGUUGACAUCUUCCUCUCUUCCACCACUGUCCCUAAGUCACUGGUGAACAUCCAGACCCAGAGCAGAGUCAUCCCUUUCGCAGGCUGCCUUGCCCAGAUGUAUGCCUUCCAUCUCUUUGGGACCAUGGACAGCUUCCUCCUAGCCGUCAUGGCCAUUGACCGGUUUGUGGCCAUAGUCUACCCUCUGCGCUACUCAGUUCUCAUGAGACCCCGUGUCUGUGGGCUAUUGGUGGGGGGGCCAUGGGUGGUCACCCACCUCCAGUCCCUGGUACACACCUGCCUCAUGGCUCAACUGACCUUCUGUGCCAGCUCCAAAAUCCCCCACUUCUUCUGUGACCUCAAGCCCCUGCUGAAGCUCUCCUGUUCAGACACAUACUCCAACGAGCUGGUGGUCUUUGCUUUUGGCAUCGUCAUGGGCAUCGGCCCGCUGUCCUGCAUCCUCCUCUCGUACAUCUGCAUUUUCCAAGCAGUCUUUAGGAUCCCUUCUGCACAGGGCAAGUGGAAAGCCUUCUCAACUUGUGGCUCGCACCUCACCGUGGUGUCACUGUUCUAUGGGACCAUCUUUGCUGUGUACUUACAGCCCACAUCCCCCACCUCCUCCCAGAAAGACAAGGCAGCUGCUCUGAUGUGUGGGGUGGUCAUCCCUAUGCUGAACCCUUUUAUCUACAGCCUAAGAAACAAGGACAUGAAGGAAGCCCUGAGGAAGCUUGUUGGCAAAGCAGCCUCCUUCUGGUCUUAG